AGGCGGCCGCGGACAGCAGCGGCGGCGGCCCCGGCUCGGCGGAGCCUCUCCCGAGCGGGAGCAGCGCCGGGGCCUGCGCUACCGGAGAGGUGUCGGCUGCACGCUUUCCCUGGGAGGUUCAUGUCUUUGUCACUGAGGAGAUGACAAUUCAUAUUUUUGCUGAAGGAUCCAGUGAGUCAUCCCAUUAACUGCACUGAAAUACAUGCUUGCCAGCCAUCCUGCCACGUCAGCCAACCAGCACCACGAUGACUGAGGACUUAGACCACAGAUUCAGCAGUCUCACCUGGGAUCAGAUUAAAAUCCUAGAUCAAGUUUUAGCCGAGGCCAUCCCUAUUCACGGGAGAGGCAAUUUUCCAACGCUGGAUGUGAAGCCCAAGGAUAUCAUCCACAUGGUAAAGGAGCAGCUGAUUGAAAAGGAAAUCAACGUGCGAGACGUGCGCCUGAACGGCUCCACAGCCAGCCACAUCCUGGUAGAGCAGAAUGGAACCAGCUACAAGGACCUGGACAUCAUUUUUGGGGUGGAGCUUCCAAGCGAGCUGGAGUUCCAGGUGGUUAAAGAAGCAGUUCUUCAUUGCCUCUUGGACUUCCUGCCAAAAUGUGUUAACAAGGAAAAAAUCACUGCUCAGACCAUGAAAGAUGCCUACGUGCAGAAGAUGGUCAAAGUCUCCACCGACCAUGAUCGCUGGAGCCUCAUCUCGCUGUCAAACAACAGCGGCAAGAACGUGGAGCUGAAGUUUGUCAACUCGCUCAGGCGGCAGUUCGAGUUCAGCGUGGACUCCUUCCAGAUCGUUCUGGACUCCAUUUUGGGUGUUUACAGAGCCACAGACUGCAAACUGGCAGAAGACUCUCACCCCACUGUUAUCGCUGAGAGCAUGUACGGAGACUUCGACGAAGCGAUGGACCACUUAAAAUACAAACUGAUUUCCACCAGGAACCCGGAGGAAAUCAGAGGAGGUGGCCUCCUGAAGUACAGCAACCUCCUGGUUCGUGACUUUAAGCCAGCAGACCAGGCUGAAAUUAAAUCUCUGGAACGUUACAUGUGCUCCAGGUUCUUCAUUGAUUUUCCAGAUGUUGCCGAGCAGCAGAGGAAAAUCGAGUCCUACCUACGCAACCACUUCAUCGGGGAGGAGAAGAGCAAGUACGACUACCUGAUGACCCUGCGCCGCGUCGUCAACGAGAGCACAGUCUGCCUCAUGGGGCACGAACGCAGGCAGACUCUGAACAUGAUCACAAUCCUGGCACUAAAAGUCCUGGGAGAACAAAACAUCAUCCCAAACGCAGCCAACGUCACCUGCUAUUACCAGCCUGCUCCCUACAUGAGUGACAGAAACUUCAGCAGUUACUACAUCGCUCACGGACAGCCACCCAUCAUCUACCAGCCCUACCCGUUUCACAUACAGGUGCAAAGCAGCAUGGUUUAGGGCCUCCAGAAUCCCCUCAGCACUUAGACUCUUCUCUUUCCAGUUCUCUCCGUAAUAAAGGCCUCGUUACAGCAAGUUCUAGCAUCACUUUUUGAUUUAAGGACAUCUUUUUCUCGUGCAAGUUGCCAAAGUUCUUUGAUUGCUCAGUGUCUAAACCACCGUUAAACAGGUUGUAGAGUAAGUGAAAUGGCUGUAAUUCAUCAAGUAUUUAUUCUUCUGUGUGUGUUUGGGCUCUAUUUUUGUGUGUGUGUUUUCAAUGAAAAGAGAAGGAUAUAAAUGAUUCUAAUUUUGUAAAAUGAAAUGCACUAAGUUCUGGGCUCUAAACAAAUUCUUAAGUAACAUUCAGAGUGAAAAAUCAAGCUCAUAAAAUACCUCUCAGUAGAGAUAGCAUUCUGGGUAUGCUAAAGCAGGUCAUCCAUCAGCGUGGUUCCAGCCACAUUUAUUUGCAGCACUUUCUGGCAAUCAGUGUGGAUGGUUUGCCUCUCGGUGAUUUGAGCUCUGGCUUGAUCGCUCUUCAGGUGCGAGUAGAAACGUGAGGUCACUCUCCUCAGCAGAGCACUGUGCAUUAAAUGGGUAGUAGGAAACAUCCCCACCAAGAGCAGGCUCAGCAUUUCUGUGUGUCCAGAACUUCCACUGCUCCAAGUGAGAGGUGUAGCUGUGUGAGUUAUGCAGCAUUGGACCCCCCCUCCCCAGCUUCCCAGCUCUGCUUCACAGAUAAUGGAAGCUGUAAAAGAUGCAACUCCUCUGGUUAAAUUGCUCUUGGAAAAGAAGGCAAUAGAAUGAGAUGGAAGGUGGAAGUGAGCACACAGGGCUGGCUUUCUAUUGUUAAUUUGUUAUUGAUCAGAGAUGUUUAAUGUUGAAUAAGAGUCAAGGAGAAAAGAAAAAGAGAAGUAAAUUUAAGGAAAAACAAAGAGGAAAAAAAAGGGAGGGUGGGGGAAGAAAGGUGGGGGAAGGAAGAAAAAAAAUAAGCCCAGGACUGCAUCAUUUGUAGGUGAAUUAAAACAAGCCCUUGCCAGUGGCAUUGAAAAACUAUUUUAUACUUGCAGUGUGUGAUUUGAUGACUAUUAGUAGCAAACAAGGGUUUCUCUGCUGAUCAGGAAGUAAAACCUUAGUUCCAAGUUGGUGUGUGUGUAUGUGUGUUUACCAAAGAGCAGUUUUAAACAUGUCACAUAAGUGCCUCGCCGUGCCAGUUGCACCGUGAAGGUUGUAUCGCUGCUGGCAAGCAUGCCAGAGAGCUCCUGAGUUAGGCAAAGGGACAGGCAGCCCCUUAGGACUCAAAGUCAGGGGUGUGCACCAUCAGCCUCAGCAGAGACAGGUGUGGGAGAGAGGGAGCUAAGGUGUUCUCACCAAAACUCCUCCAAGUUUAGCUGCUGAUGGCUGUGCAAGAGGGAAUUGUGUAGAAGGGAGAUUCAGAGUGGGUGCAGUUGUCAAACUGGAGCAGCCAACUGGAGGUGCAAGAAUAGAGUUUCCUACAUCUGAUGCUCACCAUGUCACUGUGUGGUCCUCUGAGUUCAUUCUGGGUACAUCACUGUGCGCCCUUAUCCUCCUCGUGUUUGAAAACAGGGACUGCAUUUUAUCUGUUUACUGCAGGGCUCAGGUCUUAGGAAUGUCUUCUACUCAUGAAAGAGCUUUGGAUUUGUUUCACACUCAAGUGUGCUACAUACCAUUUAAACCAACCCCUUCUCAAGUUUCUAAGGUCUGUGAAGUCCUGUUUGCCAGUGAAAUGUGGCUCCUUUUCCUCUUUGUGUGUCUGUACAGGAGAACAAAGACAACUUUGCUGACCAUCAUCACUGAAGUCAACUCCUUUCUGUGAAACACAGUGCAAAAACCUAAUCUUUCUGGAACAUAAGCAGGGUACACAUCUACUUGGAAGCUGAUCUCUUCUGUGAUGUCUUUCAGGAAUAUAGUACUACUGUUUUUUCCAGUAUGUCCAAUUCCAUGUCUUAAAUCACAUUUGAGUUCUCUUCCACUAGGAUCUUCCCACUGAGUUCAGUAUAUUUAACAGAGUUUAAUUCUCCUUGCUCCGUUAUCAGAUGUGCUGAUGCUCUGUUUGCAUGUAUCACCUCUAGGCAGUUCCCCCUGUCAGAAGCAAAACAGAAUGAGACCUUUUGGGGGUUUUAUUUUUAACUGAGCUGUUCAGACUACAAAGAAGACCUUUAAAUUGGGGGUGGUGUUUGACAAAUUCGGUAGCACUGUGACAUUCUGUAAGAGCCUUACGUAGGUGGCAUCCCUGCUAGCGCUUGUGCUUCAGCACUCAGCUGAAGAGCCAAAAGCUGGACUGAGCACAGCCAGGACUGUCUGGUGAAUCUGAGGGAGUUAGCCAACCACCUGCCUUGGGUUUCAGGAGGAACUGGGCUCCUAAAUGCCCUCAAGUUGUUUGAAAAUCUCAGUCCAGCCAAACUGACCUUCAUGUAAUGUAGCCACGUCAACUUGCUCUUCCUCCACUCAUGGUUUCCUGGCUCGCUGGGUGGAGAAAUGGGUUGAUGACUCAAGAAGCAGGGAACAGAUCAGCCAAGAAGGGGCAUUUUCAACAUGUGUAGCAAAUGGUCUAUUACCUGCAGAAAUACUUCCAAAAGUUGUUUUUUAGCCAAGUAGAAAAAUACAUUGCCCUGGACAAAGGACUCUAAUUCUUUCUUGAGUCAGACAUUGUGAAAAGCAUCAGCAGUGGUGACUUAGCUCUGGGUUUGUGUAGAUCAGCCUCUCUGCUUGUUUGUUAGGAAACAUUUCUUCUCUGAAAGGGUUCUCAAACUUUGGAAUGGUCUGCCCAGGGCAGUGCUGGAUUCACCAACCCCAGAGGUGUUCCACCGUGUGUGGCCCUGUUUUAAUGUUGACCCUUCAGUGCUGUGUUGAAGGUUGGACUGGUUGAUCUUGAAGGUCUCUUCCAACCAGAUAUAUUCUGUGAUUCUGAUUCUAUGUCAAGCCCAGAAUCUCAGCCUGGAGGGCAUUAAAAGGAACCUCUAGACAUCAUCUAGUCAAACUCUACUACUAAAGCAGGGUCACCCACAGCAGGCUGCCUAGGAUCAUGUCUGGGUGGGUUUGGAAUCACUCCAAAGCAGCAGGUUUCCAACCUCUCUGGGCAGCCUGCUCCAGGGCUGUGGCACCCUCAAAGCAUAUACCAAUAAAUAUGUUAAUUUCAUUAUGCAUCCAGAUUAGAUAAGGAAGGACUCAACCAAAGUCCAUGGAGUUAGUGGGGAGAAUCCACCAAACUCUGGUAGGCUUUGUGUGAGACUCUGGAAAAGAGAUAAGCAACUUAGAGGAGUACUUGGAAGUAAAGGUGCAAAGACAUCAAUAUGCAAAAAUGUCUCAGGUAUAAAUAAACCCUUUAAAUUCACUGGGAAAGGGUCUUGUGUUUCUUACCUAGAGGUAGUCCCAUUCUGAAGGUAAAGUGAGGUUGAUGAGUUUCUCUACCCUUAGAUAUGUGGGCAACUAACAGAAUCAGAUGGCUUUAAAGACUUCCUUCCAAACGUUUUGGCACCUGGCAGCAGUAUUUGACCUGGGGAGGUUUUUUCCUUUCCAAGGUAGCAGUGAGUCUGUAAGCUGACAUUAAGCAGGGGAUGGUGUUGUAUAGAUGCUGCUUGCAAAACACUGACAUCAACACGUGAGGUGAAAUGCUGUGACCUCUGCUCCAGCUGCUGCUGACGUCGUUAUGUGCAGAUACAAAUCUACCACGAAUUGAGAGAGUGUUCUCAGUCCCAGUCCUCUGAGCUUCACGUUUACAUCACAGUUCUAUCUUGUUCCAAUCUGUUGAGUAAUUCUAACACCUGGAAGUUGUAAAUGCUGGUUUGAUAUAAUCACAUGAAACCUAAAGUUUACAGCCUGAGGUUACCUAAUGUUGUCAGGACCUAAGUGUUAAAAGUUCUAAGUGCUUUCCUAACCAAAUGUCAUUGGAAUUUUGUGUUAUGUUGUAAAAGGUCUCUUUGAAGCAUUUACUUUAUGGUGGUUCCUUUAAAAUGCCAUUUGUGAGCUUUUACACUCGAUGCAUCACAAAGGGGGUUGCAGUGGACAAGUGUCCAGCUGUCCUCAGGCCAGAUGUUGCCUGUGUUUUGCUGAGCCUGCGGGUCUGUGAGCGCCAGAUUUGAUCUACCACCACCACGCUGCUUUGAAUCUCUGGCUGUGUAAUUUGGUGUUAGAGGACCUACAUCAAUGUAAGUUUGGAGUUCCAGAGGGGUGGAUCCUGUGUGGUUUGCAGACCUAUCUGGAGAGAGGACAGCAGAGAGGUUGGUGGCUCAGCACGCUCCUUAUUGCUCCGGAUUUGUUCGCUCUGUCUUUCUGUCAGGCUAAAACCAUGGAAGGGUAUGCAAGGCAGAGCUGUGGUGGGUGAAGGAAGAAGUAUUUCACUUCGUGUGCCAUUUGAAGCUGCUGGGGAAAAAAAACCACCCCAAACCUAUUGUAAUGCUGAAAGUGUGUAUUAAUCACAGCAAUGUGUAGGUCAUUAGUCCACGGUGUUGACUAGUGCCUUUGGGGGGAGCAAUCAUUAAAAGAACCUUCUUGUUUAAUGGA